AUGGCGGACAUCAUCCGUGACGCCGCCAUCGGGCAAGUCAUCCGCUGGGUUACUGGCAACCGCUACCUUCAAUACCCCGAAGAAAAGGAAGACUUCACAUUACCCGAGCCUUGGAUUCAGCUGAUGAACGGUGUCCCCAUCACAUCAGCAAACACUUCUACAUCAGAUGCUUCUACCGCCGCCGAAGAAAAAGAGACGGGCGGCAUCCUGCGGACUCCAUCCAAUGGGUCCAACGGGAGCACUGCCCGAGAUCGAUCCCCACAACCGUCACGGGCACCGAAGCUGGACGAGGAACAGGGUGCCGAGUCAGGAAGACGGCACUCUUCAUCGCAGCAGUCAGUUUCACAUGAGCACGCUCAACACUCAGAAUGGGGAGACAUGACACGCCAGAGACACGAUGAUGAUGUGGAGCACGAUCUAGAGAAGGUCAAGAGUCUGCCCAUCGUGCCUCAGACAACAAAGGACGGUGCGAUCCUCGUCGAUUGGUACUACACAGACGAUCCUGAAAACCCAUACAACUGGUCUAGAAACAAGCGUCUCCUCGUCAACGUUAUCAUCUGUCUCUACACUUUUGUUGUGUACACAACCUCAGCCAUCUACACCACCUCCGAAGGCGGCAUCAUUGAGCGCUUUGGUGUCAGUGAGAUCAAGGCCACUCUCGGCCUGUCCAUCUACGUGCUGGGCUAUGGCAUUGGCCCGCUGAUCUUUUCUCCCCUGUCUGAGAUCCCCUUGAUCGGACGAAACCCCGUGUACAUUGCCACCAUGUUCCUAUUCGUCAUCAUCUCGAUCCCGACAGCCUUUGCGCCCAACUACCCCGGCCUGAUGGUUCUGCGUUUCCUGCAGGGCUUCUUUGGAUCCCCGUGUUUGGCGUCUGGAGGUGCUUCUCUUGGUGACAUGUACAGCCUGAUGGCUUUGCCUUUUGCCAUGAUGUCCUGGGUCGCUGCCGCAUACUGUGGACCCGCCCUGGGCCCUCUUCUCAGCGGUUUCGCCGUCCCCGUCAAAGGCUGGCGAUGGUCCCUCUUCAUCUCCAUCUGGGCCUCUGCUCCCGUCUUCAUUGCCAUGUUCCUGCUCCUCCCCGAAACCAGCAGUGCCAACAUCCUUCUCCGCCGCGCCCGCCGUCUCCGCAAGCUCACCGGCAACAAGCGCUUCAUGUCCCAGAGCGAGAUUGACCAGCACAACCUCCGUUACCGAGACAUCUUCUGGGACGCUUUGAUCAAGCCUCUUGAGAUUACUCUGAAGGAUCCUGCCGUUUUGUUCGUCCAGGUUUACACUGCCAUCAUUUACGGCAUCUACUAUUCAUUCUUCGAGGUCUUCCCCCUCGUCUACCCCGUCUUCUACGGCAUGAACCUCGGCCAAGUCGGCCUUGUCUUCCUCUGUAUCCUCGUUUCCUGUAUCAUUGGUAUCGCGGUCUACUCCGCCUACCUCUACUUUUGGAUGAACCCUCGUAUCGAAAAGUACGGCUGGCCUGUCCAGGAAGAGCGUCUCAUUCCCGCCCUGCCCGCCUCCGUCGGCCCAACCAUUGGCCUCUUCCUCUUCGCCUGGACCGCCCGCGCUUCCAUCCACUGGAUCGUGCCCACCAUCGGCAUCACCAUCUACGGUGCCACUGUCUUCGUCGUCAUGCAGGCCGUCUUCAUCUACGUGCCUCUUAGUUACCCGCGGUACGCCGCCAGUCUCUUCGCCGCGAACGACUUCUUCCGCAGUGCUCUUGCCUGCGGUAGUGUCUUGUUCGCGCACCCGCUGUUCCACAACCUUGGCGUCGCUAAGGGCACCAGUCUCUUGGGAGGUCUGAGUGUCAUUGGCAUCAUUGGUAUUUGGCUGUUGUACUUUUAUGGUGGCAAGCUCCGAACGCUUAGCAAGUUUGCUGAGUCGGAUGAGCCGAAAGCUGAGAGCACUACUCUUGAGGAAGAGAAGAAUUAA